GAAACCAUGUCCAGCGUGGUAGCCCAGUCGCUGCAUGUUUUUGGCCUUCGAUCUCACGUAACCAACAAUAUCUUCUUCUUCGACGAGCAGACUGUUAUGUUUCCUUCAGGAAACCACUGCGUGAAGUACAAUGUGGAUCAGAAAUGGCAAAAAUUCAUUCCAGGCUCAGACAAGAGCCAAGGCAUGCUGGCCUUGGCCAUCAGUCCCAACCGGCGAUACCUGGCCAUCUCCGAAACUGUGCAAGAAAAGCCCACCAUCACCAUUUAUGAACUAUCAUCCAUCCCCUGCCGGAAACGCAAAGUCCUUAACAAUUUUGAUUUCCCGGUUCAGAAGUUUACUAGUAUGGCUUUUUCCCCAGACUCCAAAUACCUACUGACUCAGACGUCACCUCCAGAGUCAAACCUUGUCUAUUGGCUGUGGGGAAAGCAGAGAGUCAUGGCCAUUAUUAGAACCGACGUUCAGAACAAUCCCAUCUAUCAGGUUAGCUUCAAUCCCCAGGAUAACACACAGGUUUGUGUCACUGGAAAUGGAAUAUUUAAGCUGCUCCGUUUUGCUGAGGGAACUCUAAAGCAGACCAAUUUUCAGAGAGGAGAACCACAAAACUAUUUAGCCCAUGCCUGGGUGUCUGAGGACAGGAUUAUUGUUGGCACUGACAUGGGCAAGCUCUUCCUCUUCGAAUUGGGAGAUCAGCGUUGGGAGACAAAUAUAAUGGUGAAGGAGGCCACCAGUGGCUCCAAGAACCUAGACAUCAUCCAGGAAUCGGAGAGCCUGAUCGACUUCCCACCUGCCAGUUCCCCAGUCCCGUCCUAUGAGCAGGUCAAGACAGCCAGCAACUACAGCCAGCUCACCAUGCCCCAGGUGUUUGCCAUUGCCACCUACUCCAAGGGCUUUGCCUGCUCUGCUGGGCCAGGAAGAGUUCUGCUAUUUGAGAAGAUAGAAGAGAAGGAUUUCUAUCGGGAGAGCAGGGAAAUCCGGAUCCCUGUGGACCCACAGAGCAACGACCCGAGUCAGUCUGACAAACAGGACGUUCUCUGCAUGAGCUUCAGCCCCUCGGAGGAGACCCUGGUCGCCAGCACUAGCAAGAACCAACUCUACAGCAUCACCAUGUCUCUGACAGAGAUCAGCAAGGGGGAGCCCGCUCACUUUGAGUAUCUGAUGUACCCAUUACACUCAGCAUCCAUCACUGGUCUAGCUACCUGCAUCCGCAAACCCCUCAUUGCCACCUGUUCUCUGGACCGCUCCAUUCGCAUCUGGAAUUAUGAAUCAAACACCCUAGAACUGUUUAAGGAAUACCAAGAAGAAGCUUACUCUAUCAGCCUUCACCCAUCCGGGCACUACAUUGUAGUAGGGUUUGCUGACAAACUCCGCCUUAUGAACCUACUCAUUGAUGAUAUCCGCUCUUUCAAAGAAUACUCUGUUAGAGGAUGCAAAGAGUGCUGCUUCAGCAAUGGAGGCCACCUGUUUGCCGCCGUCAAUGGAAAUGUGAUCCACAUUUUUACCACCACGAGCCUGGAGAAUAUCUCCAACUUGAAAGGACACACAGGGAAGGUGCGUUCAGUUGUGUGGAGCACAGAUGACAGUAAAUUGAUUUCCGGUGGCACAGAUGGCGCAGUGUACGAAUGGAGUCUGUCCUCGGGGAAGAGGGAGACAGAAUGUGUGCUCAAGUCCUGCAGCUACAACUGUGUCACCAUCUCCCCUGAUUCCAAGAUUAUCUUUGCUGUGGGAUCAGAUCAGACCCUCAAAGAGAUUGCGGAUUCUUCGGUCCUUCGAGAGAUGUCAGCCUAUGAUGUCGUUUACACAGCUAUUGUCAUCUCGCAUUCUGGGCGCAUGAUAUUUGUGGGCACCUCUAUAGGAACCGUUCGUGCCAUGAAGUACCCUCUACCUCUGCAGAAAGAAUUCAACGAGUACCAAGCCCAUGCUGGCCCUAUCACCAAGAUGUUGCUCACCUUUGAUGACCAGUUCCUGCUGACUGCCGCUGAUGAUGGCUGCCUGUUCACUUGGAAGGUCUUUGAUAAGGACGGCCGUGGAAUCAAGCGAGAGAGGGAGGUGGGCUUUGCCGGAGAGGUGCUUGUGACCAAAACAGACAUGGAAGAGAAGGCUCAGAUCAUGUUGGAGCUAAAGACGCGUGUGGAAGAGCUGAAAAUGGAGAAUGAGUAUCAACUUCGAUUAAAGGAUAUGAACUAUACUGAGAAGAUUAAAGAGCUGACGGACAAGUUUGUCCAGGAAAUGGAGUCUCUGAAAACCAAAAACCAGGUUUUGAAGACAGAAAAAGAGAAGCAAGAUGUGUCUCAUCGUGAACACAUAGAGGACCUCCUGGACAAACAAAGCCGAGAGCUGCAAGAUCUGGAAAGUUCCAACAAUCAAAAGUUGCUUCUCGAAUAUGAGAAAUACCAGGAGCUGCAGCUCAAGUCCCAGAGGAUGCAGGAAGAAUAUGAAAAGCAGCUUCGGGACAACGACGAGACCAAGAGCCAGGCCCUAGAGGAGCUGACUGAAUUUUACGAGGCCAAACUGCAAGAGAAAACCACCCUUCUGGAAGAGGCACAGGAAGAUGUCCGGCAGCAGCUGCGGGAGUUUGAAGAGACCAAGAAACAGAUUGAAGAAGAUGAAGACCGAGAAAUCCAAGAUAUCAAAACCAAAUAUGAGAAAAAGCUUCGGGAUGAAAAGGAAGCCAACCUCCGGCUCAAAGGGGAGACAGGCAUCAUGAGGAAGAAGUUCAGCAGCCUGCAGAAGGAUAUUGAAGAGAAAACCAAUGACAUUGACCUCCUGAAGGGAGAGCAGGUGAAGCUGCAGGGAGUCAUUAAGUCCCUGGAGAAGGACAUCCAAGGCCACAAGCGAGAGAUCCAGGAACGAGAUGAGACCAUUCAAGAUAAGGAGAAGCGAAUUUACGACCUAAAAAAGAAAAAUCAAGAGCUAGAGAAAUUCAAGUUUGUGCUGGACUAUAAAAUAAAGGAGCUGAAGAAACAGAUAGAACCCCGAGAGAAUGAGAUCAAGGUGAUGAAGGAGCAGAUUCAGGAGAUGGAAGCUGAGCUGGAGCACUUUCAUAAGCAGAACACGCAGCUGGAGCUGAACAUCACGGAACUGUGGCAGAAGCUCAGGGCCACUGAUCAGGAAAUGCGCAGAGAGAGACAGAAGGAGCGAGACUUAGAGGCCUUGGUCAAGCGGUUUAAGACGGACCUUCACAACUGCGUGGCCUACAUCCAGGAGCCCCGGUUGCUGAAGGAGAAGGUCCGGGGUCUCUUUGAGAAGUAUGUGCAGCGGGCAGACAUGGUGGAGAUCGCAGGGCUGAACACAGACCUGCAGCAGGAGUACGCCCGCCAACGGGAGCAUCUGGAGCGGAGCCUGGCCACGCUUAAGAAGAAGGUAGUCAAGGAGGGCGAGCUGCACCGCACUGACUAUGUGCGCAUCAUGCAGGAAAAUGUCUCUCUGAUCAAGGAAAUUAAUGAGCUACGCAGAGAGCUGAAGUUCACCCGCUCCCAAGUCUAUGACCUUGAAGCAGCUCUGAAAUUGACCAAGAAAGUCCGACCACAGGAUGCUCCAGAGGCAGUGCCCAGCAAGGACACGCUCAGUGUCUCCCCCACCGUGAGACUAAACGAACAAGAAGAGACUGGGAGAAUCAUUGAGAUGCAGCGCCUCGAAAUCCAGCGUCUCCGGGACCAAAUCCAGGAGCAGGAGCAGGUUCCGGGACUCCACACCCUCGCUGGAAUUCGGCUUCCUUCCCUCAGUUCGGAGGCGGACUUUGAGGUAGAGACCCAGUGAUGCCCUCUGGAGAGACAUCUCCAACCACAACCAGCAGAAGUUCCACGCGUGUCCCUGAGCUGACUCCAGCUGGAGUCCCUGCAGCCCUGACCCUACACAGCAGCUUCUUCCUCUCACUGCAAAGACCUGGGAAUGUGGUCAGAAUAAAAGGUGUUUGCUCA